UAUAUUAUGUUGGAAACCAACUUAAGAUAGAAACCAAUAGCAACUUAGCCAUUAAGGAGGAGGGCUUUUCAAGCUUCCACAUAAACAUUGUGUGUUCUCAUAUAUCAAUGCAUUUUUCCUUGAACCAGACGAUAUUUGAGACUCGAUGUUACCUAUGUGUUAUUCCAGCUUUAAGAAAGCAAUGUCUGAAUUGUCAAAAUCCAAGAAGACAAGUUAAGUUCCUUCAUUAAUAUGGUAUAUAAAACUGUAAUGUUUCUACUCUCUUCUCCUGCUCACGUUUUACCAUCAGACACUAACCUUUGUUAAGAGCCAUGGCCACCAACCGUGGUGUCCUCUCGACACUUGACAAAGCCAAGACACAAAGAUAUCACUAUAAGGUAAUUGGGAUAGCGGGGAUGGGGUUCUUCACUGAUGCAUAUGAUCUCUUUUGCAUCACUGCACUUAUCAAGCUCAUAGGUCGCCUGUACUACUAUGACCCCAUGAGUCACAGUCCAGGUAAGCUUCCAAAGAAUGUAAGCAAUGCAAUAGCAGGAGUUGCAUUGUGUGGCACCCUUUCAGGGCAGCUCUUCUUUGGCUGGCUGGGUGACAAACUCGGCCGAAAAAAGGUUUAUGGCAUAACCCUUUCCACCAUGGUGGGGUGUGCCUUGGCAUCAGGGCUUUCUUUUGGCUCCACAGCCAAAAGUGUGGUUGCUAGUCUUUGCUUCUUCAGGUUUUGGCUAGGAUUUGGCAUAGGAGGAGACUAUCCUCUCUCAGCUGUUAUAAUGUCUGAAUAUGCCAAUCAGAAGACUAGGGGAGCUUUUGUUGCUGCUGUUUUUGCUAUGCAAGGAGUGGGAAUAUUGUUUGCUGGAGGUGUAUCCAUGUUGGUCUCCAAACUGUUCCUAUUAGCUUAUCCAGCCAGCGUUUUUGCAGUUGAUCCAGUGCAAUCUACUCAGCCACAAGGAGACUUUGUUUGGAGAAUAGUGCUAAUGUUUGGUGCAUUUCCUGCUGCCUUCACUUAUUACUGGAGAAUGAAACUGCCAGAAACUGCAAGGUACACUGCCUUAGUGGAAGGAAAUCACAAGAAAGCGGUUGAAGAUAUGGCUAAAGUUCUUGAAAAUGAUAUACCUUUAGAAGAAUCAAAUACCAGGGUUGCUGCCACACCUAGCCUCUCUUAUGGAUUCUUCUCUUCAAAGUUUCUUGAGAAGCACGGCCUUCACCUUUUAGGAACAACCAGCACCUGGUUCUUCUUGGAUAUUGCCUUCUACAGUCUUCAGCUAGCACAAAAAGAUAUCUACCAUGCAAGUGGAUUUUUACCCGGUGCUUCCCAAAUGAAUGCCAUAGAGGAGGUUUUUCUACUCUCCAAAGCAAUGUUUGCAGUGGCACUGUUUGCCACUGUCCCUGGAUACUGGUGCACAGUGUACUUCAUUGACAAGAUUGGAAGGUACAAAAUCCAACUUGGCGGAUUUUUUGCUAUGUCUGUUUGCAUGUUGUUUUUGGGACUCAAUUAUCCAGAAAAGGGGGGAGAUGAAUGCAACCCAGAUGAAACAUAUGAUUAUUGUGGUGGCAAACACACCCUCUUUGUCAUUCUUUUUGAAGUCACCCUUUUCUUUGCAAACUUUGGACCCAAUAGCACAACAUUUAUAGUGCCAGCAGAGCUGUUCCCUGCCAGGUUCCGUUCAACAUGCCAUGGAAUAUCAGCAGCAGCUGGUAAAGCAGGAGCUAUCAUUGGUGCUUUUGUUGUACAAAGCUAUACAAGUAAUCCGCAAGACGAAUCAGAAGGUAUCAAGACCGCACUUAUAGCACUUUCAGUUGUUAAUAUGCUAGGAUUCCUCUGCACUUUCUUAGUGCCAGAAACACGAGGCCGGUCACUUGAAGAAAUCUCUGGAGAAGAUAAAGAACUCACUGGCAAUGUUUCUCAAGACAAUGCAAACGAUAAAACAACUGAUACAGGAAAGGAAACCAAAAACUCUAACGCUGAUAUAAGUCCAGCAAACUCAGUGGUUUAGCUAAUCUUAAUACCCCAACUAUAAGCGUCAAUAAUAAGAGGAAGGUGCAAAAAGAAUAAUGUUUGUUUCAGUAAGUUAUACUUACACGUUUCUAUGUUCUGCUUGUGUUUUAGUUUCCCUUUAUAUUCUUGUCUAAGAGACUAAAGAAUAGUAAUCUUCG